AGCUCUAGUUUCGUAAUCUUUUCGUGAUUCGAAUUGAAUUUUCUUUCAUUCCUCCAAAAAAAAAGUUGUGCUUCUGGCCAAGACGACGAUGGCGGCUACGUUAGGAAGAAUUUGUGGUUCCAAAUUGCUUAAAUCCGUACCUGCAUUCAAUCUGCAGCAGGCCAACGGUUUAUCCACCGCAAAAACUUGGACUAAUGGCCAGAAGAAGUUAGUGGCCACUAUCGGAGCCUUGACCGGUGGUGUUGGUGCGCUUAUCUAUGCUUUGGAGCAAUCUGUUGAAGCUUCCGGCACUGAAGUACAUCCACCUAAGAUGCCAUGGAGUCAUAGUGGUCUGAUUUCAGCGUUGGAUCAUAGCAGUGUACGCCGUGGUUACGAAGUGUACAAGCAAGUUUGCUCAGCCUGUCACUCCAUGAAGUACAUUGCUUACCGCAAUUUGGUUGGUGUAACACAUACUGAAGCCGAAGCUAAGGCUGAAGCUGAAGGCAUCAUGGUACGUGAUGGACCCGAUGAUGCUGGUAACUACUAUGACCGCCCCGGUAAGUUGUCCGAUUACUUCCCAUCACCUUACCCCAACGAAGAAGCUGCUCGUGCUGCCAACAAUGGUGCUUAUCCACCUGAUUUAAGCUACAUUGUAUCUGCCCGUCAUGGUGGUGAAGACUACAUCUUCUCCCUCCUUACUGGCUAUUUCGAUGCCCCAGCUGGUGUAGUAUUACGUGAGGGUCAAUAUUUCAACCCUUACUUCCCUGGUGGUGCCAUUUCCAUGGCCCAAGUCUUGUACAAUGAGGUCAUUGAAUACCAAGACGGUACUCCAGCAACUCAAAGUCAGUUGGCCAAGGAUGUGGCUACCUUCCUUAAAUGGACUUCUGAGCCCGAACAUGAUGUACGCAAACAAAUGAUUAUUAAGGUUGUUGGUAUUAUGACCUUCUUGGCUGCCAUCACUUACUACAUUAAGAGACACAAGUGGUCCGCCAUGAAAUCACGAAAGAUUUUCUUCGUUCCCAAGAAAGAUUAAGCCAUUUUAGUUAAACGCCACACAUAAAUGUAUGCAAUUAGGCUACCAUCAGCAACAACAACAAUAGCCUUUGAUUAUAAUUGAAAAACUACAAAGAA